CAUAAACCUACAUACUGCCCAAGUUCCCAAGCCUUCCCCACUCCCCGCAUUCCGCACCUAGAUACAGCCUUUGAACUCGAGUUUUCCCACCAUGGCCUCCGUCCAGAAAUCCGCUCCGGGAAAAGAGACGACCGCGCACAAUAGCUCUAUAGCUCGUCUUGCAGCUGCCGCAGAAUCCCGCGCCGACGCGUUCCACGCAGACGGCAACUGCUCCGCAGCACUACAAGCAGCGAUCCAAGCGGCCGAGCUCUACAUCCGCGCGGGGCGCGAGACCUCGCAGCAGUCAGACAAGCAGCUGCUGGAUCGGAAGUGUUCCGCGGUGCUGGCAAAGGCGGAGGGGUGGAAGAAGGUGAUCGCGGGGGAGAAGUCGAAGGGGGAGGAGCUACAGCCAAAAGUGGGCCUAGCAGCUUCGCCGUCGCAGCCACCGAGCAGACCCCCGCGGAAGCGGCCGACGCCGAAGGUGACCAGGGCGUUAAGCGUCAAGGAGCAGACGGUGCUGCUCAAGUCGAGUAAAAUCAACGGCGGGGUGUUUCCGCCGUGGAAGGGACCACCGGCGCCAGCAGAGUUUGCGGGUGCGCCGUUUCAAGACCCGGCAGGAAUGCUGCAGUUAUCAGAUUUGCAAAAGACUAUACUCGACGAUUGGAAGCGGCCACAUGAGAUUUGUGAGAAUGCGAGGAUACUGCCCGGGGAAGAUGAAAUCGUAGAUCUUACGCAGGAUGUUAUCACCGACUGCUCGGUUGUUGCGAGCUUGUGCUCCGGCGUUCGGAGGGAAGAGAAGGGGUUCGGACAGACAAUUAUUAAUAUAUUGUACCCCCAAGACGAUAAAGGACGGCCGGUGGUCAGCCCCUCCGGAAAGUACAUAGUGAAGCUCUUCUUCAAUGGGUGUUACCGCAAGGUCAUAAUAGACGACUAUCUCCCCGUCUCCAAGUCCGACCGAUCCUUAUACGUUACCUGUCGUAGAAACCCUACGGUGUUCGCUGCCGCUCUCAUCGAAAAGGCAUACCUUAAAAUCAUGGGAGGCUAUGAUUUUCCAGGCUCAAAUUCAGGCACUGAUCUACUGGCUUUAACGGGAUGGAUUCCGGAGCAUGUGUUCCUCCAGUCAGAUGAAGUGGUACUCAGUGCGUUGUGGCGACGGAUGGUGGGUGCUUGGACUACUGGUGACGUUUUGAUAACAUUGGGGACCGGCCGUUUGACGACGCGAGAGGAAACGGAGCUGGGUUUGAUUGGUGAACACGAUUAUGCUGUCCUUGAUAUGAAGGAAGAAGAUGGUGAUAGGUUCAUGCUGGUCAAGAAUCCGUGGUCCGAGGGAACGGUCUGGAGGGGUGCGCCCACGGAUGACGACGAUGAAAAAGAUGAGCCUUAUGACUUCGAUGCACCGAGUCCAUGUUCGUCGGAGGAUGGGCUGGAUAUGAAAGACGUCAAAGAUGCAUUGCCUUCUAGGGAACCACUGCAACCCGGCGUCUUUUGGAUAUCUUUGGAAAAUGUUUUUCGAAACUUCGCAAGCUUAUAUCUGAACUGGAACCCGACGCUCUUCACCAGGCUCUAUGAAUCACAUUUCUCGUGGGAUCUCUCCACAAAGGUAUCCGAAACUUCGUUUGGCCAAAACCCACAGUUUUCCAUCUCGAAUCCUUCGUCCACUGCUGGGCCGGUAUGGAUCAUUCUCUCGCGCCACUUGGGUCUAUCGAAUACUGCCGACGAAGGAGUGAUUAAUAACGGCUUCAUUUCGCUCUACCUUUUCGAUGCAGCUGGACGACGGGUUUACCUAUCCUCUCCUAGUAUUCAUCGUACUCCGUACGUCGACUCGCCACAGACUCUCCUGUCGCUCGACAAUUUCCCGGCAGGCGAAAACUAUACACUCGCGGUAUCAUCACAAGACCUCUCACCCACCACCCACAGUUUCUCCCUGAUGAUAUACUCAUUGUCCACGCUCACCAUCAAUCCCGUUGCCGAAACAUACCCAUAUUCACUGGUGCUUUCUUCAGCAUGGACCGAUUCCACGGCCGGCGGAAACGCCCACUCUCCGGAAUACCCGAAGAACCCACAGUUCGUGAUCACGCUACCUACGCAAGCUGCCAGCCUUGCCCUGCUCCUCGAAACACCCUCGCCACACCCAGUACACGUGAAACUGGUGUACUCCAAGGGUGAGCGAGUGGCCGCGGUGACCACUCGCGAAAUCGUGGCCGAGAGCGGAGAAUACAAGCGCUCCACCGCUCUCGCCACGACAUCCGACCUGCCCCCGGGAAAAUACACCGUCGUCGCGAGUACCUUCGAGUCGGGACAGCUCGGCGCAUUUAAGAUCACUCUUCUCACCACAGCUUCGACCGCCACAUUUAGUGAGCUCCCUUCCGAAACUGCCGGGUGCUUCGAAACAGUGGUUAAGGGAGUAUGGCCGCCCGGAAGGACCAAACUGGUCUGGCCCAUGGAUGUGGGGCGGUUCAUGGGGCUGUGGGUGAAAGCGAGGAGUGUUGCUGCUAUUAAAUUGACGGUGUUUGGAGCUAUUCGCCAGCCGCAUGAGGUGGAGGCGGAUGCUCUCGUGGCACAGAGUGGAGGCGGCGCGUUUGUGGAUCUACCAAUGGGGGUCAGGACGACAAAGACGCAUCUGGAAUGGAUUGAUGGCGGGUAUAUAAUUGUUCUGGAGCGGCUGGGGAGCAAGGGCGGUGAGCCGUGGGAGAUUACCGUGGUUAGCGAGGGAACGCUAUGGGUGGGCGAGGAGAUGGACCUCGAUGAUGAUGAUAUCGAAGAAGAGUGAGCUCGGGGUGGAAUGAGCACGAGCAUCCCAUUCAGCUGCAUAGGGACUUAGGAAUUAAACAAAGCCGAGCCGUGUCUACCCGUACUUACCGAUUUGAUUGUCUUUCCAAUACCCAUGCUGAUUUUGUGCCUCCGUCACUCGGAGUGGCAUGGCGCCGGUGCCCAUGCGACCACCGCCGAUAA